AUGGGCUUGUCGCAAGCCUUACCACAGAUGAGUUCGGAUGUGGCUCAGUCCAGUAGUGUUAUCUUCGAAGGGAGCUGGGAUAAUGUCGACAUGUCCGAAGCAGAAGGGCUGAGUCUUGCUAUUGAGAACCCUUUCCAGCAACUUGUGGAGGACGAGAGCAUGUCGGAUCGUGUGGCAAGGGUUCGCGAAGACGAGAAAGAGUUGAAGAAGUUCUGGACGCUUGAAUUUUCUCCUCGUCGCUACAACGAGCUAUAUACGCUCUACUCUGACGAGCUCGAGAAUCUCGAGGGAUGUCCGUUCAACAGUUACGGCCAGGAGGACCGUGUGGACUACUUGCUCCUGAAGGGCUACCUUGAGAGAAGCCGCCGCCGACUGGAACUGGACGAGGCCCGAGAUAAGAAGAUGGAGCCUCUACUACCAUUUGCGCCUCCCCUCGUCGAACUAUGGGAAGCCCGUCGCGAGGUAAAGCUCGAGGUGCUUGAGCCGAAACGCAUCGCUCAACUUGUACACGAGGCAACCAAAAUCAUCACCCAAACCCAGUCGAAAAUUGAAGCUGGGAGUCUUUCCGUAGACAAGACAGCCGCAUUCCGCGCCGUAAGGACAAUUGGCAGCUUACGAACUCAUUUGGACGAGCUCUGUUCUUUUUUCAAAGGCUAUAACCCCUUGUUUGAUUGGUGGGUGGCCGCACCGUACAAGAAGCUGGACGAGGCGUUGCAGGCACUGGUACCGGUGAUACAGUUCAAGCUUGCUGGAAUGAAGCCUGAUGCCAAGGAUGAGAUUGUAGGAGAGCCUAUUGGCAGAGAUGGCCUCUUGGUGGACCUGGAGGCAGAGUGCAUCCCGUAUACCCCGGAGGAACUUCUUGUGAUUGCUAAAAAGAAGUACGCAUGGUGUGAGAAAGAGAUGAAGAAGGCCUCCCACGAGCUGGGAUUUGGCGACGACUGGAGAGAAGCCCUUGAGCAUGUACGGAACAUCUAUCCAGAGCCGGGGAAGAUGCCGGAGUUGGUCAAAGAACUCGUCGAUGGUGGAGUGGAAUACGUCAAGAAACACGAUCUGAUCACCGUCCCUCCUUUGGCAGAGAAGCUCAUCCGCAUGGACAUGAUGUCACCCGAAUGGCAAAAGGUCAAUCCAUUUUUUCUCGGCGGGCGUUGGAUCAUUGUCUCUUACCCGACAGAUACCAUGGAGCACGAAGACAAACUCAUGAGUAUGCGAGGGAAUGGCAGACAUCUGUCCAAGGCGACCGCGUUUCACGAGAUGAUUCCCGGCCAUCAUCUGCAAGGAUAUGUGGCUACGAGAAACCGGAAGUACCGAAACUUGUUCACCACGCCGUUUUACGUCGAAGGGUGGGCCAUGUACUGGGAGCUGAUCUUCUGGGAUCGGGGUGACUUCUUCAGCUCGCCCGAAGAUCGUGUUGGCACGCUCUUUUGGAGGAUGCACCGCUGUGCGCGAAUCCUGUUCUCAUUAAAGUUCCAUCUCGGUCAACUAACGCCACAGGAGUGCGUGGACUUGCUUGUCGAUAUGGUAGGACACGAGCGCGCGACAGCAGAGGGUGAGGUGCGGCGCUCUCUCAAUGGAGAUUACAGUCCACUCUACCAGGCGGGAUACUUCCUAGGCGCGCUCCAGCUCUACGCGCUGAGGUCCGAGGUCCUUGGGAGCAAGAAGUACACAGAGAAAGAGUUUCAUGAUCGCGUCCUAAAGGCGAACACAAUGCCGAUCGAGAUGCUUCGAGCGCUGUUGCUGGAGAAGGAGCUGUCAAAGGACUACAAGUCGCAGUGGAAGUUCUAUGGAGAUAUCUCGACGCCUUUGCCAUUCAAGCUAUUUAGCUCCCGUAUGUCUGGGCAGAACUGCUGA